AUGGAUCAAGAUCUGAUUCGUAUGAUGGGAGGUUAUUGUAAAAUCGAUCGAACUCGUGCUCAAGCUCUUUUGUUAUUUAGCCAAAAUUGGACCAAGCAUGUGAAAAAUCAGCCGAGAAUUUCAUCAUAUCAUACAACUAAAUGUGCUCAGCUCGAUACAAUUAGUAUUGCGAAACAUCUGGCUCGUGCCGACGAUAACCGUUGUGAUGCUUUAGAAACAGUGAUUAACAAUUACCGUACACGUGUUGAUGAGACUUACAUUCGUGUCAAUUUUGGACGACGUUUUGAACAUUGUCGAUUUCGUGAAUUCAAAAAGCUCUUCAAAGAUGCUCAUGCUUCUGUAACCGAAUCAGAGAAAAAUCUCGAUAAACUACGUGAUCGAGUUUAUCAAGAAGAACAAGCUCUUUUGAAUGCGAAAAUAGCAACCGAAAAAGUGAUUCAUGAUGAAACUUCUACGGAAAGAAAGCGACUUAACAAAUCGAAUGCUCAAACUAAAUGCGAAAUUCAAUUGAAACGACUCGAAGAGAAAGUCACACGUGCUGAACAAACUCUUACGAGUACCAAACAAAUAUAUCGUGAGAGAGCAAAACAAAUCUUUGCUCAAUGUCAACAAGUGGAAAAACAACGUCUGGAACAAAUUCGAGAGAUUCUCCUCAUAUUCACUAAGACGAUGUAUCUACAAAAGUAUGCACCCGAAAUCGAACAGAUCUAUGAUGAAUUGAUCUCCAACAUUUCCACUCAUCAAAAUUCCUUGGAAGAUCUGGCAUUUUGGGCAAAACUAUAUGGUAUUGAGAAGGAUGAAACUGCCACUAUUUCUUUGUCGAAGGGCGAAUUUGAAACGACGAUCACGAAUACUUCUAGUGAACUCAGAAGUCCAAGCACAUCUGUAACGAUCGACAGUAGUGCUGUAGACAACGAAUAA